UGCUCUUCACAAAUAAUUUGAAUUUUGAAACCCACAUUAAUAAUACAGUCAACAAAGUAAACAAAAUCAUUGGGCUUAUUAGAAGGAAAUUCACCUUCAUGGACAAAUCCUUGUUCUUAACAUUGUACAAGUCUCUUGUUCGUUCCCACUUGGACUAUGGAAAUUUAAUAUACUUCCCAUACACGAAGAAGUGUAAGCAAGUUCUGGAGAAUGCGCAACGUAGAGCCACAAGACUAAUACCUGAAUUUCGUGGACUUUCCUAUCAAGAACGAUUGAAAGAACUGAAUCUCCCAACAUUGGACUACCGUAGAAAAAGAUUUGACAUGAUACAAGUUUUCAAAAUUAUUCACGAAGUUGAUGACAUCAAUGCAAGUGUAUUUUUCAAUUUUGCGGACAAUAGUGGAACAAGAGGUCACUGUUUGAAGCUUGCAAUGCCUAAAGCUCACAAGUCUAUUCGAUUAAAUUCUUUUGGACAUCGUACUAUAUCCAUUUGGAACGGCCUUCCACAUAAUAUUGUUACAUGCAGCACCGUGAACAGUUUUAAAUCACAACUGGAUAAGUUAUGGGCACACAAACGUUUUGAUCUAAGUGAUGUGUAUUAAUUUCAUCAGCAAAAAAUCAGACUGGAGUAAAUUUCAAUAUUUUCAUUGAUAAACAAAAUCAGAUCGGAGUGGAGAUUUGCAUAGAAGUAGUCUAAAGGGAUCAACUAGCCUAAAGGGCUAAACAUUUCCCUAGAAGACACAAGGUAGACACAAGACAUGUAUGUACAUGACAUACAGUCAGGGAUAACAGUGAGUGAUGCCGAACCAAAGAUAGUUAAAGAAACUGCAGCCACAGCUUUUGUCAACGGCAACAAUGUGUUGGGACCUGUGGUUGGAAACUUGUGUAUGCAAACUGCCAUCAAGAAGGCUAAAGAGAGUGGAGUUGGAUGGGUUGCAGCAAAUGGCUCAAAUCAUUAUGGUAUUGCUGGUUGGUAUGCAAUGCAAGCAAGUAGCGAAGGCUUAUUGGGUAUGUCUUUUACAAAUACCUCCCCACUCCAAGUGCCAACCAGGGCUAAAAAGCCUGUGUUGGGAACAAACCCCCUCAGUUUAGCAGCGCCGGCCAAAAAUGGUGACAGCUUUGUUCUGGACAUGGCAACUUCAACCGUUGCUCUUGGAAAGAUUGAGCUCCAUGACAGGAAGAAUAUCCGAAUGCCGAGUGGCUGGGGCGUAGACGAACAUGGCAAGGUAUCCACUGAGCCAAAGUCUGUCCUAAAUGGAGGGGGUCUGAUGCCCCUGGGUGGGGCAGAAGAGACAGGGGGAUACAAGGGUUAUGGGCUUGCGAUGAUGGUGGAGAUAUUCUGCGGUAUCCUAAGCAACGCCAGCUAUGGGCCUAACGUCAGGCGGUGGAAAAAUACAGAUAGGAUAGCAAAUUUGGGUCAGUGUUUCAUAGCUGUAGAUCCUGAGGCAUUCGCACCUGGCUUCUCAGAGAGACUGGAUGACCUAAUUAACACCUGCCGACAACUGGAAGCCGUGGAGGGAGAGGAGGAGGUUUUAGUGGCAGGUGACCCGGAGAAGCAGCACAUGAGUGUGUGUGACAUGAGAGGGGGAAUCCCCUACCAUGAGAAACAGAUCGAGUUCGGGAUGGACUUGGCAGAACAACUUGGAGUUACUCCAAUGAAAACUGUUUGAGAUCUCCUUUUCCAGCAUUUAAACAGGGUGGCCUUAAUAAAUAUUUUCAGGAAAAACCAUUUUGUGUCCCUUACAUUUAUAUUUUCUUAAUGGAGACAAUUUUGUGUUCAUUUAUGUGCCAUAGUUACAUCCAAAAAUGUAAAAAAUAUUAAUAUUACUUACUUUUUGUUUUUUAUAAAAAUGUAAGUCACUGAGAAAAACCCUUAAUUAUGCAGAUAUGUGUAUUGGUUUUAUUAAAUUGUUUUUUGAUUAACUGUCUCAAAAUGAGUCUGAACCAAUUAACUCAAGAUAUUUUUUAUGGUACAAAUGAAUCUUAAUAUAUGGGUUUUUUUAUGCUAAUUUCAAAAUAUUUAUCCAGCAAUUACAUGCAAUAGAAGUAUCAUACUGUGGUGCGCUAUGAUAUUAUAUUUUUAACAGUUUUUUCUUAUUUGUUUUUCAUUACUGCUUCUUCAUGCUUUUCACAAAUUUUAUGCUGUGUUUUAGACAGUUUCCUUUGUUUUCGUCUAUACAUUAACUUCCAUAUCGGAUUGGAAUCUUAAGUAGAGCUUAAUCAUUCAAUAACUUUCAUGCAUAUAAAUGACAUGGCUCUUUACUUAUUCUGCAUGCUAGUUAUUGAACAUUGACCUCGGCAGCAUGCUACAAAACAGAUACGUCACCCUAUACCAAUGUUAUGCUCUAGUAUAAUUUCACUUACUGGAGUUGUGGGUUGUUGGUGUCAUAACUAUUGUAUAUAUAUAUAUACAGUAGAUAUAUUAUGAAAGAAUUUAAAGUCUUGGACAUGUAAACAAGUUAAUAAUAUCUUAAAAGUUUAAAUUAUCUUUUACUGUUGUUUUAAUGAAGACAAUCUUGUUUAUUUAUGAUUUUUGUUGUUGAAUAUGAAACAUCUCGAAUUUAUGUCUACGUGAUUUGCACUGUGAUACCAAUAUCAAUGAAGGUGUAUUUUAUUUUACUUGUUUGAUGAAAUAAACAAACCUUCCUUAUG